AUGGCUCUCCUGUUGGAUGACAAUAGAUUUCAGACUCAGCUUUACAGCCAGAAGGUGCUAUUUGUGGAAUUCUUCACCCCAAGAUGUGGACAGUGCAUGCGACUUGUUCCUGAAUUCGAGGAAGCUGCUAUCAGACUGGAUGGCUUUGUAGCUUUGGCUACGGUUGAUUGUAUGAUAGCCUUGGAAACCUGUGCAUUGUAUCAGAUCACCAAAUAUCCUACAAUAAAGCUUUUCAAGAGAGGUAUAGAGGCUGGGACAUACCAUGGAUCUUUCACUGCAGCUUCAAUAGUUCAAUAUAUAAAGAAACAGAUUAACCCAAACUCCCAGGAGAUAAAAUCUCUAGAGCAACUAAACACACUUAUAAGAGACCCAGAAGCCAGCAUUGUAGGAUUUUUUUCUGAUCGGAGAAAUCCCAACUUAUUUACGUUCCUGAAAGCAGAUAAUGCCCUUGAAAUCUACAGGUUUGCUUUCACCUGUGCACCUCAACUUUUGGAAAGACACGUCAUUGAUAAAGAAGGGAUAAUACUCUUCCGGUCAUCUCAUUUGAACAACAAGUUUGAAGACAAUGCUGUAAGGUUUAAGGGAACCAUCUCUGUGUCUCGAAUUAAGAAAUUCAUCCAAAAGAACAUAUUUGGACUAUGCCCAAUUAUGACUCUAGAAAAUAGCAAACUGCUCAGAGAAAAAGAUCUAUUAAUGGCAUUUUACAACGUGGAUUAUAAUAAAAACCCACGGGGAACCAGCUACUGGAGAAACAGGAUAAUGAUGGUUGCUAAGAAGUUUCAGGAUGCUGGGGAGAAGCUGUCUUACUCUAUAGCAAACUGGCAAGAGUUUUCAUUCGAGCUUCCUGAAUAUGGGAUACACAAUAGCUCUGGAGAUGUGCCGGCUGUGGCAAUACGUACAUUAGAAGGACAUAAAUAUGUCAUGAGAGAGGAGUUCACGAGGGAUGGAAAAGCUUUAGAGAGAUUUUUGCAGCAAUAUUUCAAUGGAAAGGUAAAGCGCUACUACAGAUCCCAGCCUAUCCCUGAACAGAAUUUGGAACUAGUGAAGAUAAUUGUUGCUGACAACUUCAACAAGAUUGUAAACAACAGAGAAAAGGAUGUGCUCAUCUAUUUCUAUGCGCCUUGGUGUAGUCUUUGCAAAAGUCUGGAGCCAAAGUAUAAAGAACUGGCCAAGAAGCUCAGGAAUGAUCCACAUGUGGUAAUUGCAAAGAUGGAUGCUAUAGCCAAUGAUGUUCCUCCACCUUAUGAUAUUACUGGGUUUCCUACAAUAUAUUUUGUGCCAACUGAAAGUAAACAUGCCCCAAAACUGUAUGAGGGAGACUGGCGAGUGAAAGAUUUGCUCAGCUACUUGGAAAGAAAGUCCACUUACCAGUUAGUCAUUGAAAAUGAAGAGAUGAAGAAAAAGGAUGAGCUGUAACAAGCAAAUAAUAUCAGUAAAGAGAGAAAUUAACCGCACACUGAUUUUACUGAACAAGAAAUGUGUCAUCUCAAACUUAUGCUGGAAAAAGUGGGACCUUCCUGACUUGGGAGUCAGUCAGUAUCUUAUUUUAUAAACCUGGAAACUGCCCAAACCCAAACUCCACUCCAGAGUUUUCUAACCUGACCUUGUCCCCUAAACCACACCCCUGAGGUCCCACACUCCUCCCCUGAUCCACUCUGCCAGCAGACUAACCAGUCUCUACUAAUAAGUUACUGAGACCCUAACCCUAAUGACUAGUCAUGGCAAGAUUGCAAAUAUAUUUCGAGGUAUGAAAGAAUAUGAAAAUCUGCAAUGUACAUAAAAGUGUAGAUCCAUUGGCUACAACAUAUUGUUGCUGUUUGCAGUAGUCGAAAAAAUUCAAUUUUAAAAACAUAGAAAGAAUUCAUAACACUGACCUUUAGUGGAUUAUCAUUCACUUAGAACAUUGACACGUUUUCUUGUAAAUUAAAGUUAUUCUUUCAUUAUUGCCGCUAAAAUAAAACAUUUCAUAAUGUAUAACAGUUUUUUUUAAACUGAUGUCCCUGAAUUAAAGAAAAAAAAAAAAAGUUAAAUGCAGCAGUGGGAGGCAUCAGCCAGUAAGCUAUAAGGCCCUAGGGAUUAGUUGUGCACAAACAUGCACUUUCUGUUGGCUCCAAAAACAAUUGAAAAUUAAAAUGUUCAUGUAAAUAAAAAUAUUUUAUCAUAUUUAGUGUUCUUUCAAAUUCAUGACAGAUGUCUCUGAGCUUAAAGGGACAGUAUACACUCAUUUUCAUAUAACUGCAUGUAAUAGACACUACUAUAAAGAAUAAGAUGCACAGAUACUGAUAUAAAAAUCCAGUAUAAAACUGUUUAAAAACUUACUUAGAAGCUGUCAGUUUGGCUCUGUUGAAAAGGUAGUUGGAAAGCCCACUGCAAGUGGCAAAUAAGACACUCCCCCCCUCCCCCUUCUUUUGCAUAUUAAAAGACCCUUUACACAAACAGGAGUAAGCUGGAGAAGGUAGCUGACGGUAUUCACAUAAAACUUUGGGGCUUGGUUAGGAGUCUGAAAAUCAGAGCAAUGUUAUUUAAAAAUAAGCAAAACUAUACAUUUAUUUUUAAAAAAAACUUUAUGGGCUAUAUAAAUAGAUCAUCUA